UUUCUCACCUCCCUCUUAGUAGUUCCAUACUGGAUGUCAACGAAAGCAUAUUAAAAUAUUAAUCAGCACGUGUGUUCUCAAGUGGCGAUAUAAGUGCCAGUCAUCUCUAGCAGUAACUAUCAUUCGAAGUAAACAUAAUAGGAAUGGCUGCUGAAGUGAAAACUUACUCGCUGGCUGAGAUCAAAGCCCACAACACAAAUAAGUCCACCUGGCUAGUGAUUCACAACAGUAUCUACGAUGUGACGGAGUUUCUCAACGAGCAUCCCGGUGGCGAGGAAGUACUUCUGGAACAGGCCGGUAAGGAAGCAACGGAAGCUUUCGAAGAUGUUGGCCAUAGCACAGAUGCCCGUGAUAUGAUGAAGAAAUUCAAGAUAGGCGAACUGAUCGAAUCAGAGCGUAAACAGGUGCCAAUCAAGAAGGAACCCGACUGGAACACCGAGCAAAAGGACGAAAACUCCCUGAAAUCCUGGAUCGUGCCACUGAUCCUCGGGUUGUUAGCUACCAUUGUCUACCGGUUCUAUUUUACCCAGUAACACACUCUGUAUUGGUGUUCAAUAGAAGUACGUGCCGAACGCUUUCUUCAUUCCAAAUGAAACAAGAUUUUUGAACGCAGCAACACAACACACAACAUACGCUACAUACACAUAAUAAUAGUAUUUUGUAAGUGACACAAUACAGUCGACAAUUUGUCUUGUGUUUUACAUAUAAUGUAUACAAUAAUACAAGCGUGCGCGUAGAGAACGAAAUCGUACCGAAGCCACAGAAUGUUCGCAGUUCAUCUUGUCUCAUGUUAUUCCAUCGAUAUUUGGGCGGAAGAAAUACGAGUUUCAUGUUUCCUGUAGCAUUUUUUUAAACACAUUUUUCCUAUUAUUGGGCUUUGACUGUGAGAUUCAAAUUGCAAGGAACUAAAAUGAUAUAGCUUACUUUUAGGUACCCUUCAUCAUGAAGGGAUUUUAUCUUUUUUCGACCUACUAAACAUUAUUCUAUUUUGACCACAGAAUGAAACUAGGGACGAGUUUUUUUCUUAUAUCUUUGUUGAAGAUCGAAAGGGAAAAUGUUGUUAGAUAACGGUUUGUAGUAGGUGGUAAUACGUUUUAUUCCAGAAUAAAAUCAAUAGGAAUGAUAUAUUUCAUGGCUGAAUGAUUUGUUUUUUUUUUUACAUUUAACAAAUUAUACGUAAACUGUUUCUCGGGAAUAAAUCUAUAUUUGUAUGUA